CGGAGGUACUCAAUUAUCAAUCUACAAAGGAGGAAGAAAGUAGGAAAAAACAUCUAACGAGGUUCUUUCCCCCAAAAUAUUUAUCAUCUGUUUGCUGCCGUAUUAUAGAAAGAGAGGUAAAAUUUUCAGCAGUUUUUACCAUGACAACGACGGCGCCGCAGAUUCCAGAAAACCCUAUCAAAACCCUAGUUCAAUCGCCCGAUCCAACUCCCACACCUGUUUCCGAACCUCCGCUUAAUGACUCACCACCGUCUGAUGGUGCCAAGGACCAACCGGAGAAAGCGGCGGCGGAUGGCGGUGGCGGUAAGGACAGUGAUAUACAGAAGAAGAUGAAGAGAGCUGAGCGGUUUGGAAUGACUGUUCAGCUUUCUGAACAAGAGAAACGAAACACUCGCGCUGAGAGGUUUGGCACUGCAUCUGCAGCUCAGGGAUCAGAAGCUUUAAAGAAAGCUGAGGAGCAGAAGAGGAAAGCUAGGGCUGAGAGGUUUGGGCUUAAGCAAUCUGAUAGUGGUGAUGAGGAAGCGAAGAAGAAGGCUAGGCUGGCAAGGUUUGCACCUCCGGCGAAGGCUGAUCCUGUGGAGGAAGAUAAAAGGAAAGCUAGGGCCCUCAGGUUUUCAGAGUCCCAAUCUGGUUCCCAAUCACACCAGAAUGGAAAAGGAAAAACUGAGCAGGAGACUGUUGUGGUGGAGAAGGCUGUCGGAGGAACAUGAACCGCUCUCAAACUUCAUUCAACAGCGAGACUUGCUUAUGAUGUAUAGCUUAUUGUUGCUGCGCAGUGGUUAGGAGUUUUGUUAAGGGCGACUUUAAAUUCCCCAAGGUUUUGUUUCACCCGUUUUUGGAGAUUUUUUGCUUUCCCUUUUCAGUUUGGUAGGUUAGAAUUCUUACAUUUUGCAAGUUCCCCAUUAGCAGGACUGUCCUUCAAAUUAGGGGAAAAUGCUUUUGUUGUCUCUUAGGUUAGCCAGUAGUGCUAGGAUACAUGGACCACAACCUCCUUGGUGUCAAUCUGUCAGAAGUGACCCAUAAAUAACAUUUAAAAUCAACUUUUCAAAAAAAAAAAAAAAAAAAAAAGGAAAAUGAAAAAACGCAAUAUUAGAAAUGAUGAAGCUAUAACCUAAAUAUUUCCUACUUGAAACCUAUGAUUUGACGACUUUAUCAUCGGGUUUUCCUUUAUCAAUCUGCAAUUGUUCUUAAACAUUCUUGUGGUUUUACUUUUCUCCAAAAAGAAAAAAGGAGAAAACAUGUCGCAUAUUUAGGAUCAAGAAUCAACUGGGAAUAUACUUGAUCUUAGAUGUCCACUCUUGUUGGGGUAGGUGUUGUGCUGCACAAUUUGUUUUAGAUCCAGAUGGUCCUUCAUGACUUGUCAGUAGGAAGUAUAGCAGAUUUUGAAAUUUGAGAAGAUAAGCUUUCAUCCUUCAUGAUGUACUGUCGGCAUCAUAUGUUAUUUCUAGUUUGGCCAUAUUGUUAGUUUGCUUGGCUGUAAGGAAGGUAAGACUAGUGUUUAUGCAUAAUGUGGUUGGUAGUGCAUCUUAGUUUACAUUUCAUGGAUCUCCUGAAUGAUAUUUAGGGUCUUAGAUUUUGUUUAAGAAAAAGAACCACUCGAUUGUUCUACAUCUUUGGAGAGUUUUUGCUUUGAGUGAAAUUGGUAUUACUGUCACAUUACUGCCCCUAUGGUGAUGAAGUCAUCAAAUCCAUAUUUUCUAUAAUAUUUAAGCUAGUGCGCUUGGGUUUCUUUUAUGAAACUUUUUAACAGGUUGAGUAGUGAGAGAACUAUUUUCAAAUUUUCAAUUUCAGAUUUUGAUGUUGUGGGUCAUAUGCAACAGUUUAACACUAAGGAGGUGUGUUCAAAUACCUAGUAUCACUGGGGUGAAUCCCGUAGGCUGUAGUCAAUAGAAGAUGUCCAAGUUAGUAUAGAAUGACCUUUGAAGGUAACUGCUUGCGUUUUUAUGCUUGGUUAUUGAUGUUCAGUGGCAAGUGGUAGUACUUUGGUUACUUGAAUUGUAAAGACAGUAAGUUUGUUGGUAACAUUCUGAUUCUGCACUUACUAACUUUCAAA